GGCGGCGGCUGCCGCUCGGGGACCACUGGCGGCAGCGGCGGCAGCUCGCGCCCGCGCCCUUCUCGCACCCAAAGCGCCCCCCAGAGACUGACCCCCGCCCCGCGGCCCAGGCCGGGGCCCGAACCCAGCGGGUGCAACGUCUCUGCUCGGGCCUCCAUCACCUCGGACAAGCCAUGUUCCAGGCUGCAGGAGCCUCCCAGGCCAACCCCUCUCAUGACGCCAAAAGCAGCAGUGGCAGCAGCGCUGUGCAGCGCUCCAAGUCCUUCAGCCUGCGGGCCCAGGUGAAGGAGACCUGCGCAGCCUGCCAGAAGACUGUGUACCCCAUGGAGCGGCUGGUGGCAGACAAGCUCAUUUUCCACAACUCCUGUUUCUGCUGCAAGCACUGCCACACCAAGCUCAGCCUGGGCAGCUACGCGGCGCUCCACGGCGAAUUUUACUGCAAACCCCACUUUCAGCAGCUGUUUAAGAGCAAAGGCAACUACGAUGAGGGCUUUGGCCGUAAACAGCACAAGGAGCUUUGGGCCCACAAGGAGGUGGACCCCGGCACCAAGACAGCCUGAGGUCCCUCUGCCCCUCCACUCCCUCCCGCAGAGGGCCUGGAGCCCCCAAGCGCGGUGGGAAAGAGGUUGAUCAGGGCUGUGGGAAGAAGCAAGGCUCUCAGGCAGAAGGUUCCAGAGCUCUGUCGCAGGAUUCCUUCCAUCUCCCUCAGUGGUGGGGGGGGGGGUUGGGUGGGGGGUGGUUGGAAACCAGGAUUGGAUUUGCUUUACCACCCUGCUUCUUCCUCCUCCAGCCCACUCCACUUCACCCCCUGGCCCCCUGGGAGGCCGAGCCUAGCUUCCCUAUCUAGGUGCCUUUUCUCCAGCAAGGAGUCAGCAUGCUCCCCCUCAGGGUCCCAAGCUCCCUCACUGCCACCCGGGCCUUGUGCGGACCCCAUGUCUCCCCAUCUACCUCUACCCUUUGCCUGGUCCUGAGCCACGGAGACUGGGAGGAGAGCAAGAGUGCCACCUGCUGGGCCUCAUGGAUGCCACCACGCUGGUGGGGAAGAGGAUGGGGAAUUGACAAUGCAAGGCCUGCUGCCUUGGGGUUUUGGGACCCCCUUGCGCCAGAGCUAAAGCCCCCACCAGGGAAGAGCCUCAGUGACUGGCAGGAGCCAUGUUCCCCUCCCGUUUUGACUGUUGUGAUCCACCCUGUUUUAAACAUGUUUAAACAGAUCGACUGUGUAUUAUGUGGCCUGAUGGGGGUGCUGGUGGGGAAGCUUUGUGGCAGGAAGGAUACAGAAGCACCAUGAUGGGGGAAAAGGGUCAAUCAACUCAGAGCACUUCUGGCCUUGACUGGGGGAGAGGGUAAUGGGUGUCAGGAAAGUGCUAGCCAGCUUGAGAAAAUGGGGUCCUCCUCUUCUGGUGCAGCACACCACACCAUCUUACCCCACCCUGAGUGUUAGGCAACUGAAACCCCACUCUGUCCUCCUUAGCUUUGGUUUGUUAAAAGACAUCC